UCAUUCUUAUUCCAACCAACACUCGAGUCGUAGAAAGUGCUUUGAUAACAAAUACACCAAAACGAGAGGUCAGCGUCGGGAUCGUACACAGCGCAAAAAGGGGUUAAACCCAAUCAGAUCUCAGUUGAGCGCCUGCUGCAGCCAUGGGAACACGUCCGAACUCUGUUUUGCUGCUACUAGUGCUGAUCGUCAGCAUCCUGCUCGGAACCGACGCCGGGGUGCUGGACAACCGCAUCGAUCAGUGCAACCUGCCGGACGCUUUGGUGCAGGAGAUUCGCGGCUACCAGCCGAUCGUGAACAAAAUCGUUCAGCGGAUCGUGGGCGGCGAGUUUGCUGGCAAGACAUGGGAGAGCUUGGCGGAGUUGGUUGAUACGUUCGGGGCGAGGCUGGCGGGGACUGAUCAGCUGGAGCGGACGAUCGACUGGGUGGUGGAGCGGAUGGGACGGGACGGGUUGGAGAAUGUGCACACGGAGGAGGCGAGUGUGCCGCACUGGGUGAGGGGGUUCGAGAGUGCUCAGCUGGUGGCUCCGUUCAAGAAGAACUUGGCGAUGUUGGGGUUGGGCACGUCGGUUGGAACUCCGCGGGGUGGGAUAAUUGCGGACGUGAUCGCCGUGGAGUCGUUUAAGGAGUUUGAGGGGUUGAGUCCGGUGGAUGUUAAGGGUAAGAUUGUGGUGUUUGUGCCGAAGUGGGAGAGUUAUGGGAAGACGGUGGUGUACAGGAGUAAGGGGGCAUCGGUUGCGGCGAAGAAGGGAGCGGUUGCGACGUUGAUCCGGUCGGUGACGCCGUUUUCGAUUGGGUCGCCGCAUACGGGUGGGCAGGAUUACGAGGAAGGAGUACGGAAGAUCCCGUCGGCUUGUAUUACGGUUGAGGAUGCCGAGAUGAUCUUGCGCAAGUACCGGCGGGGUGAAACGCUGACGAUUCAUCUGGAGAUGGAGGAUCGCAACUUGGAGCCGUUCAUGUCGAGAAAUACGAUCGCGGAGUUGGUGGGGACGACCUACACGAACUACUCGGUGGUGAUCGUGUCCGGUCAUUUGGACAGCUGGGACGUUGGGGUGGGAGCGAUGGACGACGGUGGUGGAGCGUUGAUCUCGUGGAAGGCGUUGACCUAUUUGAAGGCAAUGGGACUACGACCGCGUCGGACGAUUCGAGCGAUCCUGUGGACGGGGGAGGAGUUGGGCCUGUGGGGUGGUCGUGCCUACAAGGAAGCGCACAAGGCGGAGGAAAAGAAGGAGUUUAACUUUUUUUUCGAGUCGGACAUCGGGACGUUCGAGCCGCGGGGGUUGGACUUUUCCGGCAACAAGGACGCGGAGUGUAUCAUGCGGGAGAUUGUGAAACUGAUGGGUGCAUUGAACGCCACGGAGUUUGAGACUCCGACUGAUGGAGGGCCGGACAUAAGCCACUGGACUACGAGAGGAUUCCCCGGGGCGUCGCUGCUGAACAAGAACGAGAAGUACUUCUGGUUUCAUCACUCCGCCGGGGACAGCAUGGCCGUCGAGGAUCCAAAAAAUCUGGACAAGUGUGCGGCGCUGUGGGCCGCGGCGGCCUACGUGGUAGCCGAUUUGAGCGUUUCGAUUCCGAAAGAUGUUACGGAUUAAUAAAAAGGCUUUCACAUUA